UCUUCGCGCCACUCCAUACGCUCUGUCUCGCAGCGCGGCUGCGGAGCCAGAUACACGAACUCGCCAGUUACGCAACAAUAACAACGCCGUGAGGAGCGUGUGUAGCGUGCGCGUGCACCGCAACGCAACGCAACGCGACACCGUGGGGCCGCGCGUUUGCAUCCGACCGUCGCGGGGAAUCACUUGUUGACAGCGGACGAACCCGUGCACGAAUAUCGUAGGAAAAAUCUCUUCAGGAAAAAAAAAGGAGAGAGGAAGUAGGAACGAUUGUUAUCGUCGUCGUUAUUCCCGCGCGCGAAUUCCGACUCCGGCGAGGACGCGUGAAAGUACGUGAACGUACACGCGACUCGGGAGGAAAUCGCGUGAGCAGAGAGGAACCCGAUGCGAUUUCGAUCGCCCGAUGUUGCACGCGCGAAAGCGUGACUUUGGACGUUCACCAUUUCGCGAGAAUAAUCUGUGGAAUUGACACGCGGUGCGCGAUCGAGAAGAAAGUUUGAGUGUCCCGUUCUCGCGAAGCAGUAUCUACUGAGAGCGACGAUCGAUGCGCAAGAUCGAUGACGAGAAUCGAGAAAUCUCGCAAGACCGAGUCGACACUCGCCUUCUCUGUCGAUCAAUGAAUGGAGUAGUAGUUUUGAAGUGCCACGCGGCGUAGCACGAGCGACACCACGAGGUCCAGCAAGAGAAGCACGGAUCGAUCGCGGAUCAUCGGAAACUCGAGUCAGAAUGGUACAGGAAUCAUUAUGCCGGCAACAUAGUGCUCUGUAAACCACGACGAGAGGUGAUCGAGCAAGAGUGAAAGAAUCUCGGUAUAUGAUCGUCGAGAGUAUUUGUCAACGAAUGCAAAGCUCGAUCAAAGGUGUCGAGGAAUUGUCAUUUAUUCGAUCCAUAACGAGAUUGUUGCAUCGUAUCGAAAAUAAACGAUGCGAUAAAUCUCAAGUCGCUACUACCGAUCUCGACAAGGUCCCGAGAAGCGCGCGAGGUGUGCGAAUGCCCACUCGCGACGCACGACGCGUUUAGGCGCCAAUGACGUCACCGGUCGAGUGAGGCCGCCGCCGCCGCCACCGCUGCUGCCGUCGCCGUCGCCGUCGCCGCCGCUGCCGCCGCCGUCGCCGCUGCUGCUGCUGUCAGGGGAAUUCGCGGUCGGGUUUCUCGCGCGCGCAGUGCGUUUACGCGCGCCGAGACAUCCGGGCACGGCACGGCUGACAAGGCGCUACGCUCUCUGCCGUGAUCGCGCUAACGAUGCUGGUGGUAGUGGUGACCGCGCGGUAGUAGCAACGCGCGCGCGGCACAUUCGGUAUCGGUGUCGCCGUUGUGUGAAGUCGUGUGGUGGUAUGCAGCGGUGUGUGGUUUGCUCGUCGUUGUGGUGGGGGUAAGAAGACCCCGUGGAAUCGUUGCGCGGUGGCCGAUUACACUUUUCUAUGUAUGUCGCUCGGCGGGCAAUGACUAACUGCGCGAGUGGGUUAGAGAGAGACAUCAUCGACAGAGUAAUUUUGGUGUUGUCAUCGUCGUCGUCGUCGUUAUACACAUCAACGUCGGUCGGAUGAGAUUUGCAUAGCAAACAGAUUGACGCGCUUACAAGUGGAUAACGAGAAGUGGAAUCGGCGCGUUCCCUUCUGUAGUGCAAGACCUCGCGCGAGCGCCUGUGCGUUCUCUCUUCCCGUUCUGUAUGCGUACGCGACUACGCGUACCUACGCGUCUGUGUGUGGCUGAGCAUGUGAAUAUCACUUCGCAUAUAUGUGUACGGCUGGCUCGCGGAGCAAAGAAAGAAGAGAGAGAGAGAGAGAGAGAGAGAUAGAUAGAGAGUACACGGACGAGGCAAGUGCAGAGCUUAAAAUAGAAGAGUGACUUCGGCUUAAGUACGCGGUGGGAGGACGAGCGAGUAAAGUGAAACGGAGAGAGGGUGGAUAUGUUCACUCCUCCCCGGCCGUCUUCCCCUUCCUCCGCGUCGUGCUUCUGUGAUACGUUCGAAUUCUACGCUUCUCCGUGGGUGACCCGUGUCGAAGGGAGUAGCGAGAGGAACAACGAAGCUCGAGAGAACGACCAGAGUAUACACAUGUAGACACACACACAUAAAGUAUAUUAUACAUAUAUAUCGUGGCGGAGUGCGUGUUCUCUGUGAUAAUCGCAUAUAAAGUGCAUAUUGCAGUGGUAGACGCGAGAGAGUAAUCCCUCUCUUUUUCUCUCUCGCGACUUUUUUCGCCCGACAUCGCCGUAUCGUCGACAAGGGAGGAGAGAAGGUUCGUCGAUCCUCAACAGAGGCAGAGAUCGCGCUGGUACUCGCGCACUCGCCUGCCGUUGAAGAAGAGGCGUCGUCUCGCUCUCUGUCCCACGCGAUGGAUCGUGACUCGCGUUCGUAUUCCUGCGGAGGCUGUAAGAGGACCGCCGCCGAGAGCCGAGCUAUGCCGAUGGAGUAACAAGUGAGCGGCGAAGCGGCGUUGCCAUGACGACAGAGACCCACACUGUGGCGAUGACAGACCCACAGCUGACCAACAACAACAAUAACAACAACAAUAAUAACAACAAUAACAACGAUGGCGAGCCAAAGUACCUGCACAAGAAAUUCAAGAAAAUGGCGACGACCGAGGUCGCGUCAAAAGCCGAACCCAAGAAGGAGACUACGGCAAAUAACGCGACUGUCGAGACGCCGAAGCGAAAGGAUGCCGACAAGGAUAACAAGGAGACGAAGGAGCCCGCCAAACUCGAGGCUUCCCCGGAACCUGAGGGAGAACCCACCGAGACCCGCAAGAGCGGCUACGUUUGUCCAUACUGCAACUUAUCCUGCGCGAAACCGAGCGUGCUUCAAAAGCACAUCAGAGCGCACACGAACGAGCGACCGUAUCCGUGCGUGCCGUGCGGAUUUGCCUUCAAAACCAAGUCGAAUCUGUACAAGCACUGCAGGUCGCGCGCUCACGCGCUCAAGAUGGAAGGAGGAGACGCGAGCAAGAUGUCCGAGGAUUCCGACAUAAGUCUGUCGGAUAGCGCCAGCAAUGGCACAGGUACGCCGCCUCCCGCUUCGACACCCACGACGACGACGACGACGACGACGACUACGGUAACGAGCGUCGUGAAGACCGUGAAAACCGGCAAGAUUUACAAGCCGAAAUUUCACACGGCGUUACAGUGUGUAAAUAAUGAUGCCGAGACGUCUUCCUUGUCGCCGAGUUCUUCCAGUAGCAGCUCCUCCUCUUCCUCUUGUUCCUCGUCUUCCUCUUCCUCCUCCUCCUCCUCUUCUUCCUCCUCCACCACUACCACCGCUGCUUCCAGCUCCAAGCCAAACGCAGAAAAAUUGCAAGAGCACAUCGACAAGAUCAUCACGGAUAAUCAAGCGAUCGUUGAGGCGGUGGAUCCACGUCUACACAAGCUGAUGCAGCGUCAGCAGAGCUUGGUGGAAACGAAGCAAUUGGAGCUGCCGUUGAACCUGUCUUCCGCGGAACCAGAGUCUUCGAGUAGGAAACGUCGCUACAGUGACAGCUUCGCUCAGGAAGGAGGAAAGGAGGACAACUCCGAGAGUUCGAUUAUCAAGGAUCUCCUCCUGAAAACUCCGAAUACUGCGAACGGACCGUUGCCGGAGACUGGAGCAACCAUUGAUAACCUGACAUGUUGCCCUACCUGCAACAUUCCCUACACUAGCGUGGACAACUUGGAGACCCACCGUAGGUACUAUUGCAAAGGCAUUAGCAGUCCCCGAAGAGCAGAUUAUCCCGGAGAACUGGAGAAACGCGAGUCCGACUUUGACUCCAAGUCUUCCGAAUCCUACUACGGCACCUUGCAACCGUUACCCUCGCCGGGUCCUCUGCUGGGUAACACUCGACUAGUCGACGCAUACGCCCCACCCACGAAGAAAUCAAGAUUGGAGACCGUGCCGACUAGCCUGAGGUCGCUGGAGGAGCUCAGCAAGUACCCGCGUCCAAAUUCUUUACAGAUGUUCGGCGGCGAAGUGAGGAUUCUCGACAACACGGGCGAGACAAAGACCAUGAGAAUCGAGCCACGACAGACCAACUCGCCAACCAGCGAGCAUAUAGUGAGUAGCAAGUGCGUGACUUCGGAGACGGCGUCAGUAGUGGUCAAGUCCGGAUUGCAUUCGGGUGGCACUAUAGUCCACAAGCCACCAGGCACGCCGGCCAGCACGCCGAGUUCCUCCAUAUCUCUGCCUAACGUACCGAAAAUGCUGGCGCCCAUCAUACCGAACAUAUCAACUCCCAAUAUAGCGCCGACCAUGUCCUGCUACAACUACCUGGAGCCGCAUUUGAACCCACUGACGAGUAUCACUGCCUACAAUCCGUUGACGUUGCCUCAAGCAGGCAUCACCAACAUUCUCCACGGCGGCAAAAUAAUACCCUACGUUCCCGGCAUGCCCGGACCGCAUACUCUGACCGGCACGCCGACUAUAGACAUAUCUCCGAGUAUAACGGCCGGCGAAGCCGGUUACAAGGUGAUACCGGGUAUACCGGGUCUACAUAUGGUACCUCAACCUUUGAAUUUGGCCAGUCCGGUAAAAGUGCAAGCCAGCGUGCCCGUGCCGUCCGGUAUACUCGGUCCGUUAUCCGGACACGCUGGACCACCUUCCGUGCUGGAUCAGCCUCUGGAUUUAGCCAGCCCGGCCAAGGAAUCCAAGAUCAGCUUCAAGACUCCUAGCGGUGACGGUUCAAAGAGCGGCUUGACCAGUCCCAAAGUUCCUAGUGUUAAGAUCGAGACCUCGACGGAUAAGUAUCGCGCGAGAAUGCCGUCGACGCCCACCGGGGAAAUCGGUAAAACGGAGCUCGAUCGUCAUAUCAAGAAUGGCGUGGCGGUGAAGUACAAGAACAUGGAGAGUCCUCGAGAGAGAAGAGAGUUCACGUACGACAAGAGUCCGAAGCAUUCGGAUAAAGCUUUCGGUUAUCCGAAUGGCACGGAUACUGCAAAUUCCUGUACCAGUUCUUACAGUAAACUGAGGUACUCGCCCAAAACUGCUACAGAGAAUAGAAAAAGGCCGUCCAAUUGGGGUGUGAGCGAGGUAGACGCCGGUAGAGCAUCGGUGGACACGCACAUCACCGUCUCCAAAUACGACCUACCGCCUCAUGAAAACGGUCAAUUGAAGAAUAGCAGCCUCCCCGACGGACGGGCGAAACUUGCAGACGGUUACGGCGCGUUCAACGGGGCCAAGACGAAGACCGCCGAGCCUGUACCAUCGGUGAUACUUGUGAAUCUAGAUUCUUCCAAAACAGAAGUGCCAACGAGAACUUCCAUAGAGGUAGUAAUUGCUAAGGACAAGCCCGAGGCCAAAUCGCCAAAAAGCGGCGAAGUCAACUCCGAGGAAGCGAUCAACUCUAACAAGUUUGUGAGACCUACGUCGUUGCCGCUGAAACCCGGCACGUUCACGCCGAAGAAGCAUCACGGAAUCACGCCAACGGCGAACACACUUCCUCUCAUCAGUCCGGAGACUCCGCGACCCAAGAAGUCAUACGGACAACUGUAUCUGAACGGGCAUGCCUACACAUAUCUGGGACUAAAGUGUUCCACCAGGGUAUUCUACUGUACCUUGAACCGACCGCAGCCGAUGUACGUUACACAACAACAUGGUCUGUCGAUGUACUCCAAUUGGAAAAUAUGCAAAGAGGUACCGUCGGACGUGGAUAUGGCGCACUACGACUCUCGGCACAGACCUUUCAACUAUACCACCGCUUGGAAAAGACAGGAAGACAUUCUGACACACUCCUCGCAGAGACCAACCACUCCCACCAGCCCGGAUAGCGGAUUGGAGAGUGACAUGCAGGAAAAGGCAAAAAAGGUGACGAUAUUCGAUGGAGGUUACGAGAGUAAUGAAGAUUAUACUUAUGUGCGCGGAAGAGGUCGAGGACGUUACGUCUGUAAAGAAUGCGGUAUUCGGUGUAAGAAACCAUCUAUGCUGAAGAAACAUAUCAGAACGCAUACAGAUGUUAGGCCAUAUACUUGCAAACACUGUGCCUUCAGUUUCAAGACAAAAGGCAACCUCACAAAACAUACCAAGUCUAAGGCUCACUACAAGAAAUGCGUGGAAUUGGGCGUGGUGCCGGUGCCGACGACCGUUUGCGACGAAAACACCGACAAGGAGUCCAUGGUGCAAUCGACCGCUGGUGGCGCCAACGCGGAGGAAUCGUCGGAGGAGGAAGAGGAGAGCGACGGCGAAGAGAGCGAAGAGUCUGGUAGCGAGGAACAAGAAGCAGCGCAAAGUCUACUGAGUCUUUCGCAACGUAACAACACAAACAGACUUCCAGGCUUGCUGCCGUCGGGAAGACCCACGACGUAUCCGUACGCUCUGACCUUACCGAUCUUACCGACAACUUCUUCAACCACGGUGAACGUCGUCACGUCCACUGUGGCGAGCACAACAGCCAUGAGUAGUCUGAACGUGACCAACCAAGGGACAACUUUGAUUCAAAGCGAGUUGUCGCAUCGUUACUACUUCCCGUCGAAUCGAGUAACAUCGGAGGAAUCGAGGAGCAGCGUCAUCCAAUCGGCCUCGAAGAAAGACGACUCGGACGUCGAGAUGGAGGAAAACGAAAUCGGUGGUAUCGCAGAAUUGCGUCACCAAUCCAUGUCUCAGCCGAUGGAUCUGACGACGAAGCAGACGGUUCAACCGUUGCCGUCGCCGAUCCCGCAAAGAGCUAGACCCGCGGAUAUCCUGACUCCCGUCUCGGAACCGGUCCUCCUGCAAACGAUAGUCCAGACGAUGGAACGACUGCCUAUACAGGGGAGAGAGUGGAAACCGGAUGCGCAGGGCCAUAUGUUGCAGGCGUAUCUCACCGAGAGAUACGUGAUGGACAGUAAAAUCAAGCAACAAUAUCGCGUAGGAAAUGGCAAGUUGGACAAACAAAUGCAAGAGAGAGAUAUUUAUCCGCGGCAUCAAGAUACCACAAAAUCCAGGCAUAUAGAAUCCAACGGCGUCCCAAUGGUGACGUAUACCGACCCCAGCAAGAUACAACACACGGUUAUGGAAAGCAGAGUUAAGCACACGACAAAACAUACCAGCGACGACAUCAAGAUGGAAAUCAGGGAAAAGAUAUAUCAAAACAACAUGGCGAUGGAAAGACGAGCGUUCGACUUGGAGACCACUCAAAAGGACAAGGAGCAGUCUAGUCGCUUGCUUCCCGAACGUGAGAGUUUCGAGCUCGUUUUAGCCAGUCCCAUUACAAGACCGAAUAUCGAAUACGGUCAUGUGUCUAUGAGCAAAAACAAUAACUCUAUGGACAGAUCGAUUUAUUCUGUAGACGCACCUGUCUUGAGCACGUCCAGUAUCGUCGAUUGUCAUUCACCGAAAUCCUUGAACAUGGACACCAACAACCGGCUGCCGCUGAUGCAACACACUAGCAUCGACGUCGACAGAAGUUCCAUGUUUAGUGCGAUCAAGAUGAUGGGCGAAAUGGAAAGACCUAGAGAGUGUCACCCAGUCAAUCAGGAGAUGAGAACACCGAGCAACGACGUGCGAAUGCAGAGCCCGCGGAAUCUCGACCUGAGACCACCCAGCAGGGAGAUCAGAGCGUCCGGUCAAGAGUACAGAACGCAGAAUCAAGAGCUGAGACUACCUAGUCAGGAGCUGAAGAUGCGGGGCCAGGAGAUGAGACCGCCUAGUCGCGAGUACAAGCCGUUCGCUCACGAGAUGCAAGUCAUUCAGGAGCUUAUGCCGUCGACAAACAUAGAAAUGCGGCAAACAAGUUCAGAUAAUAGGCCGCCUAGCAGAGACAUGAGAGCUCUCUCGGAAUACAGAGCGCAGCCUCAAGAUCUCAGGCCCAGUUAUGAAAUAAUGCAAUCGCCUAUGCACGAGCCUCCCAAGACGAAAAACGUUGAUGUGAGAAGUGCGGUACCGGUCGUCUAUCACUAUGAAACGAAACACACUGCGGAAGCAAGCAAACAGAAUACGCCGGAUAACGCGAAGCACACGAUAGCCAGGAAGAUAGUCGUCGGCGGUCCGGAUUUUCGAUCGCCCUCACCGAAUACGGCGAAUCCAAAACCGCAAGCGGAAUUUUUACAACCGUCUAAUGGUCCGACGCCUAACUAUGUUACUUACAGUGUGACGGAGGACGGUAGGAGCGUAUGUGGUAUUUGCAACAAAGUGUUCAGCAAGCCUAGUCAGUUACGGUUGCAUAUCAACAUUCAUUAUUUCGAGCGGCCAUUCAGAUGCGAAAGUUGCGCGGUUUCCUUCAGAACCAAGGGCCACUUGACGAAACACGAGAGAUCGGUUUCCCAUCACAAUAAGGUCAGUAUGACUUCUACGUUUGGCGCGGCAACCACCAGCAAUCCUAGGCCCUUCAAGUGUACAGAUUGUAAGAUAGCGUUCAGAAUACAUGGACAUUUGGCCAAACAUCUUCGCAGCAAGAUGCACAUUAUGAAGUUGGAGUGCUUGGGCAAAUUACCGUUUGGCACGUACGCGGAAAUGGAAAGGUCUGGUGUCAACUUGAACGACAUCGACACCACAGACUGUGAUAAUAGCCUUAAUAGUCUGCAGAUGUUGGCUCAAAGGUUAUGCGAGAAGGACCCCGCCAAGAUCGCGCAAUGGGACUCGGAGAGUGUGCCCGUCAUUGGCCAAGCGGUGAGCGGCGGCGAUACUUCAUCGGACGAGGGCGAACCCAUACCGCAGCACGCGCUUCACGCUCAAUACGCGAAAGCGACCACGGACGCGGACAUCUCCCGAUCAUAUCACAUGCCAAUCACCAGCGACGAAUCGAAGGUCAUUAACCACGACGUUCGCCUUCGCAGUCCUCACUUCGGUCAGCAAAGACGCGACUACGCCGUGAAGGAACAGCGACCGGCCCCGGCUGCCGUUUCGUCGGAGGAUACGAGAGCGGAAGACAAUUUACAAUCGUACAAGUGCCAAGUUUGCCCCGUGUCCACGCGUACCGUAAAUGAAUUACAGGUACAUUGUUUUGUUGAACAUAAUGUUGAAACCGAUUCUAGUACAAAUAUUGUUCACGGAGACAGGAGUGUGAGUAAAUGUAGGGAAAAAGAGAAUACUCAGAGAAGAAUCACGGAGGAAUCUUCCGCGAUCAUAAUAGAGAAAAAGAUCGUAAUAGAGGAGAGGAUCGUAAUAGACAAAAGAUAGAGGAUACAUAGUGCCAAAACGAUAUAGCGUGCUAAAGAAUCUUCGAUAGUGUUUGCCAUACUACACUUAGAGAGAAAGAGAGAGAGAAAUUGCAUAAUGACAAUGUAACAUGUACUACACGUGUCAUCCAUACUUUCGCGAUUCUAAAGAAAUAUCUUGUAUGAUUACCUAAAGGUGCUUUGAUCUCGAGGAAACGCGUUAACGCACUUGAGUAUUAACGCCAGGAUGACAAGAUGAGAUGAGAGAUUUGGACGAAUCGUGUGUCAUUUGUAAUUGAAAAGUUGCACGCUUACGAGUUUCAAAUUUUACGUUGCCGUUACCGAAUGUUUGGUGAAUUUUACGGAUUUUAAAGUUUAUCGAUUGAAAGGAGAAACGCGAGAAAAAACACGAGUAUCUGAUAAUAACGUAUAAAUCUUGACAUGUAUGCAAUUAAACGAAUCAUUGAGAAGCAUUGUCUCGAUCAUGUUUCUUCUACCACAGGUACCAGUUCACUUGUAACUGCCUGUUCGUACUGCAAAGCCGUAACGACAUAAUCGCUCGUAUAGUCCACUUCUAAGACUUUUCCUCUCGAAACCGGCACGUAUAACGCGUAAGUAAAAAAAAAAAGAGAAAACAGCAAAAACAAUAACGUAGCUCGAGUAUCU